AUGGAGCAUUAUAAAAGAGUCUUUUUUGAAGCCAUUGGGGGUAGAACAGAGUACUUGUACGAAUAUAAAUGUGAUACUUGGGAAGAUGUUAUUUGGACUUACUUAAAUAGCCGUGUAGAGGAUUUAAUGGAUGUACAAGAAGGUUUAGUAGAGGAUAACAGCUUGACUAUUUUGACUGAAGAUGUUAGAAAUUAUGCUUCAUCUAAAGACCUUAUUAUGAAUAAAGAUGAUCCGAGGAUUUUAUUUCAUUAUAUUCAAGCGGCUAUUUUAUCUAAUUCAUCUCAAGAUGUUAUUAAACAUAUUUGCCAAGCAUUAGUUCAUAAUGAAUCUGAUAAAACAUUAAAUCCACGUAUAUAUAUAAGUGAUGAUGUAAAUCAUCGAGAAUUAAUUUUGAGAUUCAUUUCUACAUUGAUUUUAUAUGGAUGCAGGUUUUUAGAUUGGCAGGAAAAUAUAUAUACAGCUGCUAUUUUAUCUGCUUAUGGUGAAUUAAAUGCUAAUCCUAUCGUUAUCCGGCCCCUUGUUAUCGCAACCAUCGCCUCUGAACGUGCUCCAGAAUAUCAUAUUCCCUUCUAUUCACACUUUCUUCAAAAUUUUGAGGGCGAUGAUGAUGAAUGCGCUAUUCUUAUACAACUUGGAAAAGAAUACAAUCUUCAUAUAUCAGACAUUUUACAGUAUACACAUACCCAACUUUUCAAAAAGGCAACACAUAUUAGAAUGGUGGAUGUAGUGAAGACAGAUAGUCCUACGCUUGAAUUAUCAGGAAAAGAGAGCGAUGAAUAUCAACUAUUUUUUAGAGCACUCAAUUGGUUAAUGUUGGAUGAAGGACAAUGUGUUUCGGCUUUCCAAGCAGCCAACAUGACGAUUCGCUAUUUCUUGGGUGCAUGUAAAGUCUAUUUAGCAAAACAAGUCCUGAAUUUAUUUUCAAAGCCUCUCUUCCAAAGGAUACAUAGUGAAACUAUAAAAAACAAAAGUAUAUUAAAAAUCGUACAAGAAUACAAAGCAAACUUAAAACUGGUAGAUGCAUUCUUUGACUUUGAAAGAUGGGAAAAAUGGGUGCAAAAUAGGCCAGAAGAAGGUGAAAGUCCACGAGAACUUGUCAAGUUUUUUGAAUGGCGAAAUGAAGCAGAGGUAAAAGACACAUUUAUAGUCUUGUCUACAGGAUGCAUGAGUUAA